CCUGUCGCUUUCUCCUGCGGAAACGGAAAGUUGUUGGCGAUACAGUAUCACCAAUAUCCCCCCUUUUCUCUCUCUUUUAUUUCUUUUCUUCACUCUUUGCUGCUUUUACUACAGUCAUGAGUUUCUUUCCUACAGCACAGCGACCCAAGUAUCUUGUUCAAUUUAAUGCCGGAAAAUGCAUCCGGGAAGGCAACACGAUAAAGCCCGAUUUACGCAAGGGUAUGAUCUACAUGGAUCAGACCGAUGAACAGCUCAUGUAUUUCUACUGGAAAGAACGCAAGAGCUCAACCGAACCGGAAGAGGAACGAAUCAUCUUUCCCGAUGAAGCUGAAUUCGUUCGCGUCACGCAAUGCACGACUGGUCGAGUAUACAGUUUGAACUACAAGUCUUCUGGCGAAAAGCUCUUCUUUUGGAUGCAAAACAAAAGCGAUGAAAAGGACGAAGAAUACGUUUCGCGCGUCAACCGGCUGAUUAACGAUCCACAAAGCGCCGUAUUGGAGCAAAGUGGAAGUGGUGGAUCAAGUGCUCACACAAGAAUGCCUGGUAUUGAUGUCGAUUUUGGCGAUGGUGCUCCUCCAGAUAUGAUGCAGCUUUUGGGAAAUUCGCCUGGUAUAGAUCGUGUUUCUCGUGAAAAUAUUAUACAAUUCCUCCAAACAGCUGGUGGACUUGGAGGAACGAUUCCUUCUUCUGUGCCCGCAGGAGGUGAUGGACCUGUGGAUCAACCACAAGGUGGAGAGGAACGCCAUGAACAAAGCAGCGGUGACAAUAACAGCAACAAUAGCCAACAGCAAUCGUCAGCGGUAAACUCGGAACAGUUAGAACAGCUGCGGAAUAUUCUGAGUGGUGUUCAAGCUCCAGAGAACCACCAAGCCCCGUUAUCCCUUACUGACGUGUUGACUACGCAAACCAUCACGCCAUUGCUUAACGAUCGUGAUAUAUGCGCAGCAUUGUUCCCAUUCUUACCGGAGGAUAGUGAACGGUCACCAGAAGAAGUAAGACAGGUUGUGCAGAGCCCUCAAUUCCAGCAGGCAUUAGCAACGCUAAGCUUUGCUUUGGAGAGUGGUGAACUUGGUCCUUUGUUAACGCAGCUCGGCUUGGAUGCUUCUGCUGGAAACAGUGUCGAGUCGUUCCUUCGAGCAAUUGAGCAACAAGCUCGACGUAGAGACCAGGAUCGAAAUGACGAUGCAAUGGAUGAGGAUUAAAGUACUACUAUUGUUGUUGCUGGCUUCUUUCUCUUUUCGAUGUGUCUUAUCCCCUUUUGUCAAUCAUUCCUGUUUUCUCUAUAAAAAUAAAUCGAUUGCACACAUUCUGGAGCAUUUCUUCUUCUGAACUUCGCUCGCCUCUCUCUUGUAUGUACAUGUAUGUCAUACAGUAUUCUUACCGUAUACUGAUAUAUGUAGUUCUGGAAAC